AUGAACAUUUCUAAGUCUUUCAAUGCAUAUCCAAGAGGUGAUUUUGAUUUAGAAUCUGGAAUUGCCCUUAAAAGGUCCCGAAAAUCGAAAAACUUAUCAUUUCACCCUUUCAAAAUGAUCAAAUAUUUUGCUAAUCGCCUUCAUUACUAUUACAAGUUGCACCCAUUUCUUUUAUUCUUCAUUUCCUUGUCUUUGGGGGUCACAAUUCUCAUAGUUCUAUCUAUAUAUGAGAGCCGGUACCGAACAGUGAAUGAUUAUCGAAAACUUGAUUUGGGGACGUACGAUAAUGCGUUUGCUAAGCUUACUAAUCUUGUAAUGGUUGCUGGACAUUCGGUUUAUACUAGUAGUAGCUGUGGGAAAGUUGACAAGGAGGAUUCUUGGUUUUUGGAGUCUUAUCAGAAGCAUCCGGGACAGGCUGCUACUUUUGUGACUCAUAUUCAAGAGGGAGUUGAAGUUGUGGCGAAGGAUGAUGGGGCUUUGCUUUUGUUUAGUGGUGGUGAGACUCGAAAAGAUGCAGGUCCUCGUAGUGAAGCACAGAGUUAUUGGGCUGUUGCUGAAUCAAAAGGAUGGUUUGGUAAUGAGGAAAGCGUGAGGUGGAGGGCAUUGACAGAAGAAUAUGCCAGAGAUAGCUUUGAGAAUCUUCUCUUUAGUGUGUGUCGGUUCCGAGAACUUACUGGAAAAUAUCCUCAAAACAUAACUGUCGUUAGUUAUGAUUUCAAAAAGGAGAGAUUCGCAAACCUGCAUCGCUCUGCAAUUGGCUUUCCAGAGUCCAGGUUCUUUUAUUCAGGCACCCCAGCCUCAUCAACUUCCAAAGGGGCUGCUUUGAAAGGCGAAUCAUUGGUGAGAGCUCAAUUUCAAGAAGACCCUUAUGGCUGUAAAGGUUCACUCUGGCGUAAAAAACUAGGGCGUGAUCCCUUCCAUCGGUCAAUUCCUUAUCCAAAUGGUUGUUCUGAAAUUGAAGGUUUAUUCAGAUACUGUGGAGAAGCUCUUUAUCCAGGUCACCUCCCCUGGGCUUAG